UCCCUCCUCCUUGGUCCCCCAUUGGGUCAGUGGCUCCUGCAGCCCUGUAAAUGAGGGACAAAUGAGAAGGGCUGUUGAUUUUUCUCCCUUGGCCAUUCAGAAUUUGCUCACAUAAAUACUGAGAAAGACUCUGCCUUUCCUCACUUUUCUUACUUGGCCCUGGGUUGGACCUGGUUCUCUGGGGUGGGCAAGACCAUGGGUAACCUGUUUAUGCUAUGGGUGGCUGUGGGCAUGUGCUGUGCCAACUUCAGUGCCUCUGCCUGGUAAGUCCUUCUCUCUACCCUCACUUCUUACCACUCAUUCCCACUGGUAUCCCCAUUCAUGUCUGCCUUCCCUAUUCUCUUUUUGGUAGGUCAGUGAACAAUUUCCUGAUCACAGGUCCCAAGGCCUAUCUAACCUACACUACCAGCGUGGCUUUGGGUGCCCAGAGUGGCAUUGAGGAGUGUAAGUUCCAGUUUGCUUGGGAGCGAUGGAACUGCCCUGAAAAUGCUCUCCAGCUCUCCACUCACAACAGGCUGAGAGGUGCUACUAGGGAGACUUCUUUCAUUCAUGCUAUCAGCUCUGCUGGAGUUAUGUACACCAUCACCAAGAACUGUAGCAUGGGUGACUUUGAAAACUGUGGCUGUGAUGAGUCAAAAAAUGGAAAAACAGGAGGCCAUGGCUGGAUCUGGGGAGGCUGCAGCGACAAUGUGGAAUUUGGGGAAAGGAUCUCCAAACUCUUUGUGGACAGUUUGGAGAAGGGAAAGGAUGCCAGAGCCCUGAUGAAUCUACACAACAACAGGGCCGGCAGGCUGGCAGUGAGAGCCACCAUGAAAAGGACUUGCAAAUGUCACGGCAUCUCAGGGAGCUGCAGCAUCCAGACCUGUUGGCUGCAGCUAGCAGACUUCCGGGAGAUGGGAAACUACCUGAAGACCAAGUAUGAGCAGGCACUGAAAAUUGAGAUGGAUAAGCGACAGCUAAGGGCUGGGAAUAGCGCUGAGAGUGGCUGGGCUCCGGCUGAAGCCUUCCUUCCUAGCGCAGAGGAGGAGCUGAUCUUUUUAGAGGAAUCUCCAGACUACUGUACCCGCAAUGCCAGCCUGGGUAUCUAUGGCACAGAGGGUCGCGAGUGCCUACAGAACAGCCGUAAUACAUCCAGAUGGGAGCAAUGCAGCUGUGGGCGCCUGUGCACUGAGUGUGGGCUGCAGGUGGAAGAGAGGCGAACUGAGGCCGUGAGGAGCUGUAAUUGCAAAUUUCAGUGGUGCUGCACAGUCAAGUGUGACCAGUGCAGGCAAAUUGUGAACAAGUAUUACUGUGCACGUUUCCCAGGAAGCACCCACUCCCCCAGCAAGGGCAGUGCCUGAAAAUGCCUCACAAAGUCACCUGCUCAGUUGCAUAACAGUGGAGAGGCACACAGCUUCUCUCUUGGAGGAAGCAGACAUUGGAAAACAACUGGAAAAUCACAGGGUUUGAUUGUGGGUCUCAUGGUAUUUGCUACAGAUGAGGAAAUAGAGGCCCAACAUUAUACAGCACGUUUUUGGCAGAGCUGGAAUUGGAA